CGUUGUGAUUCAGGAUUCAAGGGCCCUUUGGACUUUGUCAGACAGCCACUUUUUUUUUACAGCAAAACAGACGGGAUCUUUUUUUCCCGUGUUUUGGCAACACAGCAGUAUUUAACAUGAGAAUCAUGGUGUUACCGACAGCGCAUCGCUUCUUGGCUGUGUGUCUCAUGCUGUUUGGAUAUCUUGGGGACGUUUACGCGGGGACAGUCCUGGUGAACUCCAAUGCCAUCAAAAACUUGCCCGGUGCUUCGGGUGUCAAAGGCACCGAAACCGUCAGUCCGAGUCCGCGCACCUCACCCUCCGGCAGCAUGGCACACAAAUUACCCGGGGACACCUUGCAGCAGUCAGGUGUUUGCACGGAUGAUGAAGACUGUGAAGGUGAUGAAUUCUGCAACGACGCCCGCGGUGCCUGUCUGCCCUGCCGUAAGAGCCGGAAGCGUUGCGCACGGGACUCCAUGUGUUGCUCAGGAAACCGCUGCAGCAAUGGUGUUUGCCAGGCAAAUGACAUCGACCCUACAGAUGCAUCCAUCGUCACAGGCUGGCAGAAACACAACACCACUCUGGAGCAUCACACCAAGAAACCCACUACUGCCCACAGCAUUCAGCCUCAUGCAUCAAAAGGCCAGGAGGGGGAUACUUGCCUGAGAUCUGCUGACUGCUCUGAGAGUCUGUGCUGCGCCAGACACUUCUGGUCUCGCAUCUGUAAGCCCGUGCUGACGGUGGGCCAGGUGUGUACGCGCCACCGCAGGAAAGGCACUCACGGCCUGGAGCUGUUCCAGCGCUGUGACUGUGGCGACGGUCUGGCCUGCCGACCAGAGAAAGGAGAGCGAGACCACAGUGUCAGCAGGACAGCAGCCCGGAACCUACACACCUGUCAGAGACGCUGACACCAAAGCGUGCACACACAGAGACAUAAAUACACACACACACACACACACACACAUUCAUCAAACCCGCAAAUCAGUCACAGACACUGACAAACACUUUUUAGCCUUCCACACACCAGAGAUGCUGACACACACACACACACACACACGCAUAGACACCCAACACCUAAGACAUUCUUUCCUGCCAAAGUUGCUGACACAAACAGCACCCGGAAGGAUAGACAUGAUUCCUGGAAAAGUGAUACACCCAGAGGGAUGCAACAGUGCAAGACGGACUGAUCCAAUUCCCCAUCAACAAAUGAGGAGUCGGAAGUUAGGAAGUGACAUUUCAGAAGUCUUGAGAAGAUCGAUACAUGUCGUCGGUAAUGGCAGAGCUGUUUUGUUUCUCUUUUUAUGGAACU